UCUCAGGGAAUUUUUUAGCAGUCGCUCUCUCAAACAUGGAGCGAGUUUUGUGGAAAACUUUCUUACUUUUUCUGUUCUCCCUGGUCCUAAAAUGUGGGGGAAUCUCGGAUGAGGCGGCUGGAAGACCGAGAACGCAGCAUUUGUUUGUACAGAGAAGCCAACCGCUGCCUGGCUCUGCGAAAAAGUUGUUGAAGAUUGAAUACGAAGAACCGUCUCGGUCCAAUGCGGAGGAGAAAAAACCGGAAUUUCUGCGUCGAGUUCGUCGAUCGGUAGAUCCCGACAUGAAACCCGUAGCUCAUGUGUUUAAGUUUAAUGACAGUCAUAACUGGGCCUAUGUGCAUUGGGCAGGAGAUCACAGGGAUACCAUAGUUGUGUUGACACGUGACCCACGCCCCAACGAACAGAGUAACAGUCAUGUGUGGAUAUCCAGAAAUUAUGGUCAAAGCUUUGUGAAUCGCACUGGCUCCUUUAGGACUCUAGAUAAUGGAUUUGCGCGCAUUGACAUGUUUUACCCCUCUCCUUUGGACAGAACAAGGUAUCUCUUUGUUGAUAGACAGCACAAGAUGAUCUACAGCUCAAUAGAUGACUGUCAAAGUAUUGUAAACAGUAGUGUAACAUUUGUUGCAGAUGACAUCACCUUUCACUCAACCAGAAGUGAUGUUGUCCUAGCUUAUGAUGCAUCAGCAAAGAAGCUCUACUACUCUGCUGAUUUUGGUUUCUCUUGGAACUUAAAAGAUGAGAAUGUUCUAUCUUACUUUUGGGGCAUUCUACCAUGGGACAAUCCCAACACCUUGUACAUUGAGCGGGAGGAGUUCACAGGUGGCUAUUCUAAUGUGGUGAAAACUGACUAUUUUUCCCACUUCUCGGCAUUGUUGAUAACACAAGUUGAGGACUUUGAAGUUAUUGAUAACUACAUGUUUGCCACACAAGUUAACACGUCGUCAGGACAUCGUGUCCUUACUCUAAUGGUUUCAGUGAAUCGAAGCAAUUUUCAUCCAGCGGUAAUUCCCACAGAUGCUCCAUCUCAGGAUUUCUAUGUUGCUGAUGCAUCUGAAAAUCAAGUUUUCCUAGCAGUCACUCACGAUCGUAGAACUACUCAUCUUUACACUUCGGACACAUCUGGCCUCAAGUACAGCUUGUCAUUGCAAAGGGUGCUAUAUUUCUCCCCAAACACCACCACAGCUUGGCUGAGGCGCUACAUAAGGUUCUCAUUUGUUGACCUUCACAAAGUGAAAGGCUUGAGAGGUGUGUAUAUCGCAAGUCAACUCACUGUUGGUGCAGUGGGUACUCGGCAUAUCCUGACCAAGAUAACCUUUGACAAGGGUGGACUGUGGCAGCCAGUUAGUGCUCCUAAAGUUGACAAUUAUGGAAAACCUUUAAAUUGCAGUCUGCCAAAUUGUUCGUUGCACUUGUCACAAAAAUUUGGCCAGUACUACCCUUACACCCGUUACUCUCCUAUGAGAUCAUGGAGCAAUGCCCCUGGCAUCAUAAUGGCAACAGGUACUUAUGGCACAAACUUGAGACUGAACAGCGACAUCUUCCUGUCAACAGAUGCAGGCUUGAACUGGCACAUGAUUCUGCAACGCCCCUUCUGGUUGUACAACCUGGGUGAUCAUGGUGGAAUUUUCAUUGCGGUUCGGAGAAAUACUUUAACAAACUUGAUUUACUACAGCUGGAAUGAGGGAGAGACCUGGUUAACUUAUAGAUUCUUAAACAACACCAGGUUGAGGGUGUAUGGUCUUCUGACGGAGCCUGGGGAACAGAGUGCAGAGUUUACAAUCUACGGUUCAUAUGCUGGGUAUCACAGAUGGGUUGUUGUUCAGAUUGACUUGAGAAAGGCACUCGGUUCUGCGUGCGUGAAAAAAGACUACAAAGAAUGGAUACCAACAGACGAACAGAGCGGGUCGUGUUUGUUAGGAAGGAAGAUGAUUUACGAGAGGCGCAUCUCUCAUGCUCACUGUUACAACGGCUACGAUUAUGACCGUCCAAUCACAACUCAGAAUUGUCCAUGCCAAAGAGAGGACUUUGAAUGUGAUGUGGGAUAUAUGCCUGCGUACAAUAACCCCAACAAUUGCCUAUUUGAUAAAAGCAGUGGCUUGUCUCCUACAAGCAUGCCAGCCUACUGCCCUGCUGGUAGUACUUGGCGCCGCACCAAAGGUUAUCGUAAGGUUGCCGGAGAUACCUGUUCAGGAGGAAUGGAGGAUCAAUUUUCUGCUGUCAUGGUCUCCUGCAGAAUAGGACCUCAACCGCAGUUUUUGCUCUACGCUGCACGAAGAUACAUCCGCAGAAUAACACUUGGCGACAAUAGAGAAACAACUGUUCCACUCGGACGUGGGCUGCAAAAUGCCAUCGCGUUGGACUAUGAUUACGCUCAAAACUGCAUCUAUUGGGCUGACAUCACCCUGGACACCAUCAAGCGCUCUUUUCUUAAUGGCUCUGGAAUAAUUGAAACACUGCAUGGUGGAAUUCGGCAGGUGGAAGGAAUUGCACUGGAUUGGCUUGCGGACAACAUUUACUGGAUAGAUGCUGUUGGAAAGAAGCUUGAAGUGUCUAGGGCAGAUGGGCGUUUCCGUAAAGUCAUCAUUAGCAGCAACCUUGACCGUCCAAGGGCCAUAGCCCUGGAUCCUGUGGCAGGGUAUAUGUAUUGGACUGACUGGGGUACUAGUGCUCGAAUAGAAAGGGCGUAUAUGUCGGGGUCGAGUCGUGCUGCGAUUGUAUCAUCUCGGCUGCAAUGGCCGAAUGGAAUAGCUAUUGAUUUCACCGCGCGACAGUUAUACUGGACUGACGCUGGUAUGGAUAAAAUCGAGAGAAGCAACUUGGAUGGAACCUACAGACAGGUGAUAACUAGCAGAGGACUUCCCCAUCCUUAUUCGAUUUCUGUGUUCAAAGAUUCAAUCUACUGGGAUGACUGGUCAACGCAGUCUAUUAAAAAAGCGAACAAACGAGAUGGCGGUGCUCGGCAGACCAUCAAAUCAGGUGUGCGUGGUCUUAUGGACGUGAAAGUUUUCCACGAAGAUGCACAGAUAGGCAACAACUCUUGCGGUCGGCUCAAACGCUGUAGUCACCUGUGCUUAGCAGUACCAAACAGCUAUGCUUGUGCAUGUCCCGAUAACAUGAGAACUGUGACAUCUUUGUCUGGAAUUGUGACGUGCGAAUGCCAACCUGGUGAAUAUAUGGAUAGUAACGGAGAGUGUGCGACAAGGAAUGGAACAUGUGCUUCCAAUGAGUUCAGUUGCGCCAACAGCAGAUGCAUCCCAUCCCAUUGGAAGUGUGACCAUGACAACGACUGUGGAGAUAAUUCUGAUGAACAGCACUGCCCAUAUGACACCUGUAGCUCGACACAGUUCACGUGUGACAAUGGCCGUUGUAUCUCGGCGUCAUGGAAGUGUGACCACGAUGAUGACUGCCAUGAUAAUUCUGAUGAGAAAAACUGCCGGUAUCCUACAUGUGGACCAGAUAAAUUUACAUGCGCCAACAGACGCUGCAUUCCAAAACGUUGGGUUUGCGAUUUUGACAACGAUUGCCGUGAUGGCUCUGAUGAACAAGGAUGUACGCCAGCACCAGUCACAACAGCACCACCUGUGUCCUGCCAUUCCUCUCAGUUCGCUUGCAACAAUGGCCGAUGUAUUCCUAUCAAUUGGAAAUGUGACGGAGAUCAAGACUGUGGUGACGGAUCCGACGAGCCGAGCAGCUGUUCGUCACACAGAACGUGCUCCCCAACACAGUUCCUUUGUACAAGUGGACUAUGCAUCCCUGGUUCAUGGAAAUGUGAUGGGGAUAAUGACUGUGGGGAUCGCUCUGAUGAACAAGGCUGUGCCAACUCUUCAACUCGUGCUCCCGUUACUACGGCACCUUGGACCCGACCUACCAAAUGCAGAAUUUGGGAAUGGCAGUGCCACAAUACAUACUGUGUUUACCAGUGGGAUGUCUGUGAUGGUGUUGAUGAUUGUGGAGACAAUUCAGAUGAGUGGUUCUGUGGUACAACUAGGCCCUUUGCGAAUACAACAACAUCACCAUCUAGGCCGUGCCAUUUCUGGGAAUUCACUUGUGAUAGUGGCGUUUGCAUCAACAAUGGAUAUAAGUGCAAUGGUCGAGACGAUUGCGGGGAUAACAGUGAUGAAAGAGGAUGUUCUGCUCAAGUGACAACAGUAGCGCCCACCACUAUCCCGGCAACUUGUCCAGAUGGUUGGCUUCAUUGCGGGCAAACCCAGUUUGUAAUCUGCAUCCAUCACACAUGGUUGUGUGAUGGAACGCCUAAUUGUCCACAGAGUUGGGAUGAAAAGCCAGAGAAUUGCCCAAGUACCACCAUAGUACCCAUUACUUGUCCAAGUAACCAAUAUCAAUGUACCAAUGGCCUUUGUAUCGAUCGCGCGUUUGUGUGUGAUGGAAACAAUCAGUGUGGUGAUGGUUCAGAUGAGGUCGGCUGUGAGCUGUCGUGCUACACUCUGUGCCCGUGUCAGGGAGCUGGCAACAAGAGGAAACUCCGAAUGUCAACUAUCAUGUUGUCAACUCUCUACAGCCGUGUUCAGAAUAUGAAUUCAAGGUUCAGCUGAUUGUGGGGGGAGUUCAACCAGGGCCAUACUCUUCUACCGUGAAGGCAACAACUACAUCUGCCAGUGAAAGCGUUCAACGGAGAUAAGGGAAGUGAUAGUGAUGGUGAUUGGUCCGAAGUACAACGUGUGUUCAUUCCAGCUACGAUUAAAAAACCGACUGCAUCAGUAACAAAUCCCCGUUACACGUUUGUUAAUGACACUGCAGUGACACUGGCAUGGGGAAGUCCAGCCUCAUCUGGUGGAACUACACUUCCUCCGAAGGGGUAUAAAGUGUAUGAGUUGACCACCGAUGGCAAAAUUCUCCUUGUUACGACGACUCAACAUAAUUACACCGUUUAUUCGCUGUUCUCGCAAACCUCCUAUUCAUUUGUUAUAAAACCAUACAAUGAGGCUGGCGAAGGACCCCCUGCUUCAAUAGACGUAAUAACUCGCGGAGGGGACCCUCCUACGAAUGUAAAGGCGACUCCCUUCAACGACUCAACCAUUAUACUUUCUUGGAGUGCGCCAAGGAGACACAGUCAGGGUGUGAGAUAUUAUAUCUUCUACGGACGGCGGAUAGACGGAGUCAGCUCACGGCCUGUGGGCUCCACAACGACCCGUAGUUACACAGUGAACAACUUGCAGCAGGAAAUUGUCUAUGUGUUUGAGGUUUCGGUGGGCUAUUCAGGAAAGCGCAGUGAAACAGCCAUUUCUCAAACGAAAACAAACGCUGUCCACAGUCUACGAGCUCACCUCGUUAACUCUAGUAGUGUAGUUCUUACAUGGGAGAAACCAAUGGAUGCUCAUAGUAUUACUGUAUACCAAGUAAAGAGGACGUACACAGCUGCCUCUGGUGAAACUAGAACCGCAACUCCAGUCACCGAAAAAACUCUUAAAGUAUUCAGAUACCUCCCCUUUGAUACCAUCAUCACUUUCGAAGUGCAAGUUAAAUAUGGUGAUCAACUUGGCACGGGGAUUACCACUACCAAAAAAACUAACCCAUUCACGGCACCUGUGAGACCAUUAAGGGUGCGGAUCGUAAACAACGCUGCUGAACUGUCCUGGUCUGCGCCGAGAACGAUCAGUAAUACUGAUUUAAGGCAUUACCAGGUGAACUGGACAUGCUCUUCGUGUUUUAAGAAGCAUGAUUCAAUACUGGUUUCUAAAACUAAAUACACAUUUAAGAAUUUGGAACACUCCAGAACAUACAAUUUCUCUGUAAAAGCAAUGACGACUAAAUUUGGUUCUGGGGAGGCCUCGACUGUGACGGCCACAAUAACCGAUAACUUUGGUGCAGUUGGCAGUUUGAGUCAGUCACUCUCAGAAAACAAUUUGACGCUUCAUUGGGAUAUGCCAACUGACGUGGAAAAGGGAGAUGUUCAGAUCUAUCAAAUUAGCUGGUGUCAAGAAGAGCAGUACUACUAUUGCUGGGAACGUAACACUAUUAAUUCCACGGGCAAUGCAACUCACUUCACGAUGCAGGUGCUUUCUGGCUAUACGUACAACUUUUAUGUUCAAGCUUACACAGCUUAUGGAGUAGGGAGAGAGUCCAGCAUUCAAGUCAUAGUGCCGCCUCUUGCUCUGGCAGUGUCGUAUGGUUAUGGGCGGGCGACGGGAGGCAACUAUGGAUUAGAAGUUUCUUUGCACUGGUGGAGGUCCCAUAGUUAUGUAGACAACACCCAAUAUGAAGUAGAAUGGCGCUGCUUAUCAGGAACAGGAAGUGGGUACUGUUUUUGGUACAAUCGGUAUAGAUGGAACAGCAUUGUUGUAAAUGCAACCUCCGCACUCCUGAAUAUGACAUCUUAUGGAGUUACUUUCAUGUUUAAAAUCACGCCAACCAUCCCUUCACGAGGCAGAGGAAAGUCCUAUCGUUUUGUUGUCAAUAUGCCUGAUUUCAAUGCAUCCAUUGGCAAUUUUACCUGUUGGGCUGAAUACUUGUCAAAUGGUACUCGUCUCAAGUGUCACUGGUCCCAACCCAAAGGCUUCGAUAUAUCUAAAUUUUAUCACUACGACUUCAAAUACAGGUGUGACGAUUGUCUUGGGGGACAUGACAUCUACAGAUCAAUCAGAUCUAUUAAUCAAACCUCAAUCAUCAUAGAUGUGGAUAGAGGUCAACGAUACACACUUUGGAACAAAGCCCACGCAGCUUAUGGAUUUGGAACUCAAGCCCAGACCACGGUUCUUAUUAAGUCUAAAUUAGGACCUGUGACAAGUCUGAAAGCUGUAAUUGAUCCAAAGGAGAAGGACCGUGUGCAUUUGUCGUGGAAAGCCCCAGCCCACUCGUCCAUUAAGUCUUACAUCGUGGUCAUUGAAUGUCCGGAUUGCGCAUCAUUUAAAACAGACCCAGUAGUGAGGGAAGAGACCAACUUCACCCAAAUCCUCCCCUGUGGAAACUCGUACAAGUUCACCGUUAGAGGAGUUACCAAGGACAGUAAGCGAACCCAGGAGAGCACUCAAACGCUGAGCCUUCCAGCACCUGUUGGAAAAGUAACAAACUUUACAGUCAAGCCUAAACCAUUCAAACCUGAUGAUAUUCUCGGUGACGAGAAGGAAUGUUCUGUAAUUAGGUGGGGCCCCCCUCAGGAAAAGGAGCCUUCUAGCGCAGAGUGGAAUGGCUAUGAAAUUGUGGUGAGGACGAUAGAUUCCCCAAAAAAUAUCUUAUAUUUCACGAAUACGUCAAAGGAGACUCAGGAAUUUACUUUGUGUGUUACUGAGCGCAAUGAAUUGCAAGCUGGAAAGGAAUAUUUUUUCGAAAUUCGUGUCACUGUUCCCUGUGGCUUUGGUGAAAGAGCUAGAGUGAUUGCUCGCUUCGCCAGUGUUUUGGGUGAGUAUUGCUUCCUUUCGUUUUGUUACAUCGUCACUAUGCCUUAAUUUUAAUCAGGCUCUGAAAUCAACUAUCUUGUUUACUUCCUUGUUUUCAACCAAGUAGGAUCGUCUGAAAUUCAUUUGGGAGGUUACAAUUGUCCUUUGCAUACAUGAUUCAAUGUACUUAACUGCUUUCGACA